AUAUAUACAUCUUUCAUACACAGAAUGCAAAUUAUGGCGUCCCCAGCAGGUUUAGUUGGCUUGGGCUUAUGUUUCCUGGUCUUGGUGGUCGAACCCCUUGGAGCAUAUGGCUCGAGCCGUGGUUCGUUAGGCGGAAUCGAUGGUGCAGCCGCUCCAGUAAUCAAUGGGAUAUGUGCCACGUCGGUGACUACCCAUGGUUACGAGUGUCAGGAGUACGAAGUGAAAACCCAGGAUGGAUAUAUCUUGAACAUGCAAAGAAUCCCAGAGGGACGUGUGGGUGGGAGUGGCGGCGGAAACAAGAAGCAGCCUGUGCUGAUACAGCAUGGUGUACUUGUGGAUGGGAUGACGUGGCUCCUGAAUUCACCUGAACAAAACCUGCCCAUGAUUUUGGCUGAUAAAGGCUUUGAUGUCUGGAUUGCAAACACCAGAGGCACUAGAUUCUGCAGGCAGCAUGUUUCCCUUGACCCUGCCCACCCGGAAUUCUGGGACUGGUCAUGGGAUGAACUGGUGACUUAUGAUCUACCCGCUGUUUUCGACUUUGUGUUCAACCACACCGGCCAGAAGAUUCAUUACAUAGGCCAUUCCCUGGGAACUCUUAUAGGUUUGGCAUCAUUCUCAGAGGGACAUCAGGCAGACAAGCUGAAAUCUGCAGCCUUUUUAAGUCCAAUUGCAUACUUAAGCCAUAUGAAGACUGCACUCGGUGUGCUUGCUGCAAGAGCCUUUGUUGGUGAGAUCACUACAAUGUUUGGAAUAGCAGAAUUCAACCCAAAAGGACAAGAGGCAUCAGUCUUUCUCAAAGCUUUGUGUGAUUAUCCAGGAGUUGACUGCUACGAUCUUGUAUCUGCAAUUACAGGUAAAAAUUGCUGCCUCAACACUUCCACGGUUGAUCUUUUCUUGAAGAAUGAGCCGCAGUCAACAGCAAGCAAAAACAUGGUGCACUUAGCUCAGACAGUCCGAGACGGGAUCAUCAAGAAAUUCGACUACGGGAGGCCGGACUAUAACCUGAUGCAUUACGGAGAAGACAGGCCGCCGGUUUACAACAUAUCGAACAUCCCACGAGACCUUCCGAUAUUCGUUAGCUAUGGAGGGCAAGACGCUCUGUCUGAUGUUGAAGAUGUGGAGCUGUUGCUGGAUCAUCUCAAGUUCCAUGAUGUGAACAAGCUGUCGGUUCAGUACGUCAAGGAUUAUGCACAUGCGGAUUUCAUUAUGGGUAUAAAUGCCAAGGACAUUGUGUACAAUCAAGUCGUUCAGUUCUUUAAAUAUCAGCAAUGAGGCCUCAUCUGAGGCCUCGGUUUAUGUAUUAUAA